GAAGAAGAAGAGAGCUUUGGUGUUAGGGAAGAAAAUCAAGACCCAAUCAUGUGGUCGAUGAUGAAUAAGCAAGGCAAUACUUUUUGACCAUAGAAAGACACCACCUAAAAGAAAGAGUGAGAAAAAAGAAAAAGCAAGGGCGUGGAUAAUUAAAAGGUUGUCCCUUUGACCACUAUUUCUUUCUCUCACCCUCUUUUUUCAUUGCUUCCUUCUCUCUUUCCAUCAGUCCCACACGCUUCUUAUCCUUUGCUGAUUUGGGUCUCUCUCUCUCUUCUUCAUUCCUCAACCCAAAUUUUGUUCUUUGCAAGUGUUUUCUUUUGCUUAUGAUAGAAGGGUAUGCAAAAAUGCCUUUGUAUAAGCCAUCAAAUGAGGAUGUGAAGAUUGAAGCUGUGUUGGGUCUAGAAACUGCCUUUAAAGGUGGUGUUUUGGUUGAGAAAAUGGAUCUGAAAGUGAUGAUUGAGGAGCUAGAGUCAAUUGAUGUUCCCUCUGUGUUCAUUUGCCCAAUCUCUCUUGAACCAAUGCAAGACCCUGUGACCCUUUGCACUGGUCAAACCUAUGACAGAUCCAACAUCCUCAAAUGGUUCUCACUUGGUCACAACACUUGUCCCACAACAAUGCAGGAGCUUUGGGACGAUUCUGUCACUCCCAACAAGACCCUAAGCCACUUGAUCCUCACUUGGUUCUCUCACAGGUACUUGGCCAUGAAGAAGAAGCUUGAGGAUGUGCAAGGAAGAGCCUUGGACCUCUUGGACACGCUCAAGAAGGUGAAGGGUCAAGCGAGAGUUCGAGCUCUUAAGGAUCUGAGGCAACUUGUUGCAUCUCAUGUGUCUGCAAGGAAAAGAGUUGAAGAAAAUGGUGGGAUUGCCUUGGUUUCUUCUUUGUUGGGUCCUUUCACUUCACAUGCUGUUGGGUCUGAAGCAGUUGGGAUUAUUGUGAAUUUGGAUUUGAGUUCAGAGUUGAAGAGAAAUCUGAUGCAUCCAGCUAAGGUAUCAUUGUUAGUGGAUAUUAUGAAUGAGGGAACCAUUGAGACAAAGAUGAACUGUGCCAAAUUGAUUGAAAUGUUGUUGAAGGAAGGGAAUGAGACCCAGACAGAGAUUGUCUCAAGUUUGAGUCUUUUGGUUGGAUUAUUGAGGUUAGUGAGGGAUAAGAAACACCCAACUGGGGUCUUAACUGGCCUCAUAUUACUCAAGGCUAUAUGUUCCCAUGAAUCAGUUAGGAGCUCUGUGAUAAGCCUUGGAGCAAUUCCUCAAUUGAUUGAGCUUUUACCCUCUUUGAAUAAUGAGUGCUUAGAGAUAGCACUCUACAUUCUAGAAGUAUUAUCAACCCUUCCAGAAGGAAGAAUGGCUCUCAAAGAAUGUCCAAACAUCAUUCCCAAUGUGGUCAAGUUGCUAAUGAGGGUCUCAGAGAGUUGCACACAAUUUGCAUUGUCAAUAUUGUGGGCCAUUUACAAGCUUGCACCUGAGGAAUGUGCCUCACAGGCAGUGGAGGCUGGAUUGGCAGCAAAACUACUAUUAGUGAUUCAGAGUGGUUGCAACCCAGUGCUGAAGCAAAUGUCUUCUGAGUUUUUAAAAUUGUGCAGUCUGAAUUACUCUACUAGUAUCUUGAUUUCCAAGUGUAUGCUCACCACAACAAUACAAUGAAAAACAAGAGAAAUUUGUUUAUAGCUUCAUAUACAGCCAAAUUAUAUUCAUGUGUUUAUGAAAUUUAGAUUUAUCCCUUUCUUUUUUUUCUCUCUAAACACUGAGCAACUGUAAAUCUAUGGUUUUUGAUAUAAUUAAUUGCUGAUUCAAAUCAGCAUCCAUUAGAUAAUGCCGUGUGCCUUGAGAUGGAAAUUGUUGGAAGCUGAGUUGUGAGAUUAUAGAAAUUGAUAUUUUAAUGGUCUAAUUCUUAACGGUCUAUGAUAUUUCCUCCAUACAUAAAAUAGGAGUUUAUUUUAAAAUUGUUGAAUAAAAGAUUUCAGCUUCAGGUUUUUGCAAGCUAUACUAUAGACAGCGUUUAAUGUUCGGAAGAUUUCUUGUUUGUCGUUUUCCAAUGUCCCUUGAACAUAAUUUAUGUUGUAAAUUGGAAGAAGCGAACAUUGUUAGGACACGUUAGAAUUGGAUGGAUGAUAUAUAUUAAGAUGCAAAAAUGCACCCAGUGAAGCCAUAUUGAUUUUGUCUAAGCAAAAUAUUUAAAAAAGUGGAGAAUUGCAGUAUUAAAUAGUGAAAUAAUAAUAAUAAAAUGUUUGUUUGUUCGAAAAAGGUAACGAGUCAAGAUGAAAGGAUAUGGAUAUGAGGUGGGUUUAGGUUUGGUCAAGAUCUGGGGACUGUAAGGAAGACAUAAUUUAUGAUAUGUCCUCUCAUUCUCACAUUUCAAAUUUAAAACCAAUCGUGCCAUUCCCUUCGUGCUGUGUCUCUCGCGCUCAAAUAUCGCCUACUAUUCAUUAAAUAAAUAAAUAACACUUUAUAUAUAUAUAAAAAUACAUGAAACAUUACGAUAAAAGCAUAUUUAUAUUAUUUUUAAUAAAGACUUUAACCACAAAUUAU